AUGAGCGAGGAAAGACAGAAACUAAAAGAAAAACAGUUUCUGUCUUUAAAUCGAAGUUGGAAAAGGAAAAUAGGUAAUGGUCCAACACCCAUCAAUAAUCUUAUUUCAAGUAAUGAGAAGUCAGCCAAUAAACAAGCAUCGCCAAAAGUUGUUAAAGAGCAUAGGUUUUCACCAGAUGAGGCGAUAAAAACCUCUGAGAAAUUAAGAGCUCAGAUUACUACUGAAUUAGAUUCAACCCCUACAAAAAGAAGCGGCAGAUACAAAUUUACCAGAGAAAAACCUCAAAAAAGUAUAGAUGACAUCUUUCUGUUUCCACAGGAAGACAGCAAAGUAUCAACUCAUAUGCUGACACUAAGAAUCAUUUCCCUCGAUUAUAAUGGAGAAACAAAGAGAGCCCAAAACAGAUUUGAGCUUCUGAUCUCCCUGGAAGGUAAUCGAAUUACAUUUAAGAAUUCGGAGACAAUCAUAGACGAUUUGGAAAUCAAGAGAGAUGAAAAUUUCGAUAUAAUGUAUUUUGGAUUUCAUUCUAUUUUGAUACUAUUAAGCUGCGAAACUGAAUAUGUGUUCAUUAGGUAUCUAGAUGAUGAUCGAGACAUAUGGGAUCAGUUAAAAAAGAAUAAAUGGAAUGUUAAGAAUGUCAGACUUUCAAGCGAAGAAUUGUUGACAAAGAAGAAUGAAAUACUAAAGAAGAGAGCUAAAAGUGGUCAAGAGCAGACUAAAGAGCAGACAAAUGAAAAUAGCUCUGAGAAAAGUGCAAAAAGAGGAGUAAUCAACGCGAUUACACCUGAAGAAAUGUAUGAAGGAAGACAAACUAGAUCGCAAAGUAAGGAGGCAGGCAUUAAUUGUGCUCAUCCGAUUUCAGUUGAAGAGUCCAAAGAAACUCCUCCCGGUUUUGAACCUCCAUUAAAGCAUUUGUUUGCGCACAACAGAGUGUUCACUGUUACAUACUCUGAUUUUAAGACCCUUUUCAACACGGACUGGAUUAACGAUACAAUCAUAGAUUUUUUCAUAAAAUUUGAGGUCGAAGAAGCCAUAUAUAAGAAGAAUUUGUUUAAAGAAAAUGAAAUUUAUGCAUUUAACUCAUUUUUUUUCACAAAGUUGAUGGAAACACAAGACAACCAAGAUGUCCCUAGUCAUUAUCAAAAUGUUAAAAAGUGGCUUAAUAAAAUAGAAAUUAUGAAAUAUUCCUCUGUUAUCAUUCCUAUUAAUGAAAACGCUCACUGGUAUUGUUGCAUCAUAAGGGGACUACCUGAACUAUUAAAAGCAGUUAAAGUUGAAGCUCAAAAGUCUAUUCAUGUCGAAGCAGAGCAACUGCUCAAAGAUUCUGAAAUAAAUAAGCUGGAACCAAGUGAUAAUAGCUUUGAGGGAAACGCUGAAACUGAAACGUUGGACGCUGAAAAGUCGGGCAUGAAGACCUUAACGAGGAUUGCUCGUGCAGAGAUCUUUAUUUUCGAUUCACUUGGCCAAAGGCAUACGAAUAUUCAUUAUCCGCUAAAAGAUUUUCUCAUUGAUUAUUGUAAAGACAAGUACUCUAUAGAAAUUAAAAGGGACAGGUUAAGAAUACAAAAUGCAAAGGUUCCAAGACAAAACAACUUCAAUGACUGUGGAAUUCAUGUUAUUUAUAAUGUUAAGAAAUGGUUAAGUAAUACCAGGGAGUGUGAAAAGUUGUGGAGAAAGUUUCAGCUGAAGCAACGUUCCCGAUCAUUUUUUUUGGCUGAAGAGAGAAAUAAAAUGAGAAAAGAGCUUAUAAAUAUAUUGCUUGACCUUCACAAAACCCAAGUAGAGUCAGCUGAAAGUGCCCCACAGAACAUUAACGAAAAUGAGUCAGACGAUGAGGUGGAAGUCAUUGAAUUUGAUCCUCUUCAAGAGAAAUACGAAAUACCCACAAAAGAUCUCAUAUCAUCGGAACCUGCAUUAAAUCUUUGUUCAUCUUCUGAACCAGGGCGACGCGAAGAAUGUAAGAGAACACUAGACCCUAAAGCCUCAUCUUCUUAUUCACUGAAUCAUGCUACUAGCUUAAAAAAUGAUUCAUUGCUGGAGAUAAUUGAUGAAUCAAGGCUACAACCAGAAGUUCGAGAUUUGCUAGACAAAGUCUUUCCUAAGAAGAACGGCAAACUUGAAAAUUCUCAAAAAAGCCUUGCAUUGCAGUUGGUUGAAGAAGCCGAAAAACUUAAAGAAAAGAAGGAAAAUAAUAGGAUUAAUGAGCUUAUCAGUGCGUAUCAAGGCAAAUUCAACUCUCUAGCACUUAAUUCGCAUAGCAUCAGACCAAGACAUCAAACUUUUAGAAUUCUAUAUGACAAAGGGGUUACGAGUGCAGUUGAUAUAAGUGAUUCCGAAGAAGUAAACCAGGACUUAAGUCAAUUACAGUUGUCAGAUGGAAGUACCUCCCAUACACUGUCACUAGUUUUAUACGAUCGCUUUAUCAAUAGCAGCCUGGAUUCUCCUAAGGUUGCAAAGCUGCCAAAGAGCUCGAGCAAUUCUCUUGAAGACAAUAUCAAGGCAUCCAAUUUACCCUUAUUGGUUUCCAAUUCUUCAAAGAGACGCAAGGUGGGAUAA